UAAAGUAGUCGAGUGAACUACCGUAAAGGGAAUGAUGGAUGUAUCAAAGCGAAAAGUAGUUGCCUGUGCCUUCAUGGGUUUACGAUUAGCAAAUAUCUCGGAGGGAAAGGGCAUUAAAGUAAACUUUUUGAAUGCCUUUUGAAGGUCAAUUUUUUUAAAACAAAAUGAAUUAUCCAUUUGUAUACGACACAAUACUAUGGAUCCUGUCAAUAUUAAUUGAUUUUUUUUUCCGGGAAGUGAAAACCAGAGGUGCUUUUCGAGUACCUAGAAAGGGACCUAUUAUUUUGGUUGCUGCCCCUCAUGCCAACCAGUUUGUCGAUCCUUUGAUUUUGAUGCUUCAAUUACGGCGAGAAGUGAAUCGUCGAACAUCGACAUUAGUUGCUGCUAAAAGCCACCGACAAAAAAUUAUUGGUAUCUUUUCAAGAGCUUUCGGUGCAAUUCCAGUUGAACGUGCGCAAGAUUUAGCUAAGCGUGGUAAAGGGAAAAUUUAUGUUGUACCUGACGGGGACCAAAGCGAGAUUCAUGGUAUAGAUACAGAGUUUACAAAUCAUCGUCUUGGCGAUACUAUUAUACUUCCAAACAAUUCUGGAAGCACGCAUAUCGCCUCCAUUGAAAGUGACACCUUAAUACGUGUUAAACGUGAGUUCCGUGAGGAAGCUGCUGUACGUAUGCUCCACUCACCUGAGGGUUGCACGUAUAAAGUGGCUCCUGAAGUUAAUCAAGCAACGGUAUUUGAUAAAGUUAGACAACGUCUCGUCGAAGGUGCUUGUAUUGCGAUCUUUCCAGAAGGUGGCUCACAUGACCGUCCUGAAAUGCUUCCUUUGAAAGCAGGCGUCGCCAUUAUGGCCCUCGAAACCCUUUCUCAAAAUCCAGACUGCGGCCUCCAAAUAGUUUCUUGUGGUAUGAAUUACUUUCACCCACAUCGCUUCCGUUCACGAGCUGUCUUAGAGUUUGGCUCUCCCUUAUCCAUCCCUGAAAAGGAUGUCCAGCUCUACAAAGAUGGUAAACGCCGUGAGGCUAUACAAAAUGUGCUGGAUAUGAUUUAUGGCUCAUUGUUAUCUGUAACUGUGCAGACUCCCGAUUAUGAAACUUUGAUGGUUAUCCAAGCUUGUCGCCGGUUGUACAAGCCAGCUCAUGUACAGCUAUCAUUACCAAAAGUGGUCGAUUUGAAUCGAAAAUUGAUCACUGGAUAUAAUCAUUUUAAAAAAGAUCCUCGAGUAAUACGUUUGCAUGAUCGGAUUCUGCUUUAUAACCGCCAGUUAUAUCGUCUAGGAAUUCGCGAUCAUCAAGUACAAGGCCUUCGCUAUUCCCGUCUUCUGAUCUUAUACAAAUUGGUUUAUAGCUGUUGCAAGCUUUUUUUGCUAGCUCUCGGUGCCUUGCCGGGUGCUAUCCUUUUCUCUCCCGUCUUUAUUGCCGCUAAACGAAUUAGUGUUCGUAAAGCCGAAGAAGCACUGAGGGGGUCUUCUGUCAAAAUCCAGGGUCGAGAUAUCUUAGCAACCUGGAAAUUACUGGUGGCUUUGGGAAUGACCCCGAUCUUGUAUUCGUUUUAUGCUAUGCUUUGUUGUUAUUUCAUUUACUCGUAUAAGUUAAUCCCACAUUCGAGUAUAUUUGUUUAUGCAAUUCCUAUAAUUUCUUCAAUCUUGUUUCCUAUGGUAACUUAUGCGGCCUUACGCUUUGGCGAAGUCGCUGUUGACAUAUACAAGUCCAUUCGACCGCUUUUCCUGGCGUUAAUACCGUCUAAAGCAAAUGCUGUGUACAUUUUACAACAUGAACGAGAAGAACUUGUUGCUGAAGUCACGGACGUAAUUAACAAAUUAGGACCGGAAUUGUUUCCAGAUUUUGAUGUCCAUCGCCUUGUUCCUGAAAGACAAGAACAUCCUUCAAGAUAUACUCGUCGUCUUAGUUCUUCUGUCGAAUCUGAUGUAGAUAAUCUAUCCCAACUUCAUGAAACAGAGAUGAACCAAGAGGCUCUUAUUCCGUCUCAAGGCGAUGUAUAUUUAUAUUCACCUUAUCCUCAUGAAAUGACCAGCUCUAGCACGGAUGAGGAGACUGAAAAUCAUAAUAAAGCAUAUCUUAUUCGUAAAGCUUUGCGUGAGAGAAUGGGGUUGCGCAUGAGUCAAAAGAAUGACUCUCGAGACUUUACUCCGGAUGGCGUCUUUAGUGAAUCUGAUGACCAGUUAAGUGACUAAUCAUCGUGCGAAGGAAACGGAAAAGAAAAAGCGACCUUUUAUUUUUUAUUUGAAGAGUUUGCUUUAUUACAUUUCAGAGAGGGAGAAAGAAAAGUGCAGUAGUCAUUCUUUACUCGAUAAGAGCAAUUUAAUUACAGAUGAUAAUAUUUUUCAGUCUUAAUUGUGAUUUUCUUUUUUUCUCUUUUUGAAGUGACUAACUACUAAUUCGAGAUAAUGUGUGCAGUAGUCAAUACAGCUUAAAAAGCUGUGGAAGUGAUGGUGUUUGAUGAAUUCGAACAUAUUCGUAAAUUCAAUUUGCAAGAAUUGGUUUGACUAUCACUUAAUUUAUAGAAUCUUACUUUAUGGUAAUUUUAUAUGUCUAGUAUAGGUUGGCAGUUGUUAGUUUAUACGAAUUUUAAAUGAGUAUUAUUGUCUUUGCAAUCUUCCAAGAAACAAAC